AAACUGAAAAACAAUAAUGUGAAAUAUUCCUUUGAGUUUGUAAAACUUUUUGCAAAAGAUUUAUGUGAACGUCGAGUGGCACUAACACCAGCGUCAGUUGAGUCAUUAAUCAAGAAAGGAUUCAAUGUAGCGGUUGAGAAAGGAGCUGGUGUGAAUGCAUCCUUCAACGAUGAUGCUUAUCAAAAGGCUGGUGCGAGUGUGGUUGAUCGAGACACUGCUUUCAAGUCCGAUAUUGUUCUGAAGGUGCGUGCACCUUCACUGAGUGAAUGCGGAUAUCUGGGUGCAAAGAAAACUUUGAUCUCAAUGGUUUAUCCAUCACAAAAUAAGAAUAUUAUUGAUGAACUCGCGAAGAAGAAUAUCACCUUAUUCGCUAUGGACUGCAUUCCGAGAAUAUCGAGAGCUCAGGUGUACGAUGUGUUAAGCUCAAUGGCGAAUAUCGCCGGUUAUAAGGCUGUUAUUGAGGCUGCCAAUCAUUUCGGACGUUUUUUCACGGGUCAGAUCACUGCCGCAGGUCGAGUGCCACCAGCCAAGGUUCUGGUUAUUGGCGGUGGAGUGGCAGGUCUUAGUUCAAUUGGUACUGCGAAGAGUAUGGGAGCGAUAGUGCGUGGUUUCGAUACUCGAUCAGCCGUAAAGGAGCAAAUCAAGUCGUUGGGUGGUGAAUUCUUGGAGGUGAAAAUUAAAGAGGAAGGUGAGGGGGUCGGGGGUUAUGCCAAGGAAAUGAGUAAAGAAUUCAUCGAAAAAGAAAUGCAGCUUUUUGCACAACAAUGUAAAGAGGUCGACAUAAUCAUCUCAACGGCACUUAUUCCUGGAAAACCAGCUCCACGACUUAUCACGAAGGAAAUGGUAUCAACAAUGAAACCGGGUAGUGUGCUGGUGGAUUUGGCUGCAGAAACAGGCGGUAAUAUAGAGACCACAAAGCCGGGUGAAUUAUAUACCGAUUCAAAUGGUAUUGUCCAUAUUGGUUACACCGAUUUACCGAGUCGACUGCCAACCCAAAGCAGUACAUUAUAUUCUAAUAAUAUCACCAAAUUUCUAAUGAGCAUCGGUUCGUUUUUGUUUCUUACUGAUUUGUGUUCAGUUCAAUUUUUUCAGUUUGUGAUAUUUAACCAAAUUUUUUCGGUUAUUCCGAUACGAUUAUUGUGCUAUCAACCGAUUGCGAAUGAAGUUCCUGGAAGCAUAUCUAAAAUAUUAGAU